GUUUUACUAAUUACGUAAAAACCGGUGAAAUAAUAGCGCUCAUACUAUUUUUAAAUAUAUUUAUAUAUAUUUAUAUAUUUUAGGGCGCAUUUAUUCAUGCGUUCGGAAAAGUUUUUGAAAUGUACAACGUAAUUGUCUAUCAAAACAUAAAGUCCAUCAAAAUUUUAUCUCAAUGAUAAGUAGAUAUAUUUAUAAACGCAUAUAUAUACGACAAUUAGCGAGUUGAAAACAGUGAUUGAGACAAAUAAAUCUCUUAUAUGUUAAGUAUAUUUACUGUGUUAUUAACAUAUACUUAAUAUACUUGUUUAUCAUCUGUAAUUAAUUAAAUAAUUAAAUAAUUUAAAUGAGAUAUUAAUUAACAAAACAGUAAAAAUGAAGCCAUUAAUACCAAAAGCGGUAAAUAAUUCAAAAGAAAAAGAAAAACAUUUGAAUUAUUUAAGAAAUAAAUUGAAUCAAUUAAUAAAUGUCAAUUAUAAUCUGGCAAUUUAUAAUGUACUGGCAUUACUAUUUGGGAUGUUAUUAUUACUCAUACUGGGCUGGGUUGUGAUAAUAAAUCAGCGUACAAUAUUAAACGAAGAAAUUCAUUCCGAAAACAGCGUAUCCAUUUUCGAGACUUUCAAAUUACCGAUGAUCAAUAUGGAUACCCUAAAAAUUUACGAUUUCAAUGAACCGAUGGCGACUAGUGCAGAGUGCAGUAAUAUUGCGCGUGAAUUGCGUUUUGAUUGUCAUCCGGAAAACGGAGCAUCCGAAUUGGCUUGUUAUGACAGAGGAUGCUGUUGGGAGGCAAUUAAUAAAGACAUAGACGUUAUUUCCGAACGUGUUCCUCUCAAUAUUCCCUACUGUUUCUAUCCGCCAAAUUGGAAACUAUAUAAAUAUACCACUGAUAAGUUGAAUGCAAGUGCCGGCAAUUUUACGGCCGAUUUAGUAAAAACAGGGGACUCAUUUUACAAAAAUGAUUUGGAAAAAAUCAGGAUGCAGUCCAUCGAAAUCGAUGAAAACAUUUUGCAAGUCAAGAUCUUUGAUCCAGAUCAUAAAAGACAUGAGCCGCAUUGGCCAGUAAGAAAUUUUGUACCGGAACCUAAAAUUGAUAAAAAAUCUUAUCAAUUUGAAAUUGAUAAUUCAAAACCAGGUUUUCGUGUCAAAAGACAAAAAAAUAAUGCCUUAAUAUUUGAUUCCUUGAAAGCUGGUGGGUUCAUUUUUGCUGACCAAAUGCUUCAAAUAAGUACACUCUUGCCCACGCACAAUAUUUACGGUCUAGGUGAACACAGAACGCACUUAAAAUUGAAUACAACAUGGCAGAUACUGACAAUGUUCAAUCGGGAUCAACCACCAACUGAAAAUUCAAAUUUGUAUGGCUCACAUCCAUUCUACAUGAUAAUGGAAGAAGAGAUUGGUGUCUGCCAUGGCGUUUUGUUUCUCAACAGCAAUGCUAUGGACGUAAUAUUGCAACCAACGCCUGCAUUAACAUUCAGAACAAUCGGCGGGAUAUUUGAUAUAUAUUUUUUUAUGGGUCCAACGCCUAGUGAUGUUCUUACACAAUAUUCUAAGGUUGUUGGCAGACCUUUUAUGCCACCUUACUGGUCACUGGGAUUUCAUUUAUGCAGAUUUGGUUACGGGUCUCUAGAAAAAACUAAAGAAGUUUGGAACAGAACUCGAGCUGCGAAAAUUCCUUUCGAUACCCAGUGGAAUGAUUUAGAUUACAUGGACAAUAAUAAUGAUUUCACUUACGACCAAGACCGUUUCAAAGAUCUUCCGGGAUUCGUAGAAGAAAUUCACGCGGCUGGUAUGCAUUACAUACCACUUAUAGAUCCCGGAAUAUCAGGGUCUGAAACGAAAGGUUCGUACCCUCCUUAUGACGAAGGUCUGCGCUACGACAUUUUUAUAAAAGAUCCUGAAACAAAUGCGCCGUUUAUUGGAAAAGUAUGGAAUCGUAUAUCCACAGUAUGGCCGGAUUUUACUCAUCCAAAUAUUAGCGACUACUGGUACUUUAUGAUGAACAGUAUGCACGAGAAAUUUCAGUAUGACGGAGCAUGGAUCGACAUGAACGAGCCCUCAAAUUUUUACAACGGGCGUAUCAAUGGAUGCCCAAUAAAUAAUUCGCUGAAUUACCCCCCAUACUUACCCAACGUUGUCGGCAAUUCCUUGGCAUCAAAAACAAUCUGCAUGGAUGCGAAACAUUACAUGGGAUCGCAUUACGAUGUCCAUAAUUAUUAUGGAACUGCUGAAGCCGUAGCCACUCAUGCUUCAUUGAUUAAAAUUCGUAACAAACGGCCAUUUGUUGUUUCACGCGCGUCCUGGGAAGGUCACGGAUCUUAUGCUGCUCAUUGGACUGGAGACAUUUACUCUAGUUGGUAUGAUUUGAAAAUGAGCGUUCCUGAAGUAUUGAUGUAUAGUUUGUUCCAAAUUCCGAUGGUUGGUGCAGAUAUUUGUGGGUUUGAUGGCAAUACCACAGAAGCUUUAUGCAAUCGUUGGAUGCAACUAGGUGCAUUUUAUCCAUUUUCACGCAAUCAUAAUUCCGAUGAUACCAUCGAACAAGAUCCAGUGGCGAUGGGUGACAUGGUUGUUAAAUCAUCUCGAGAAGCUUUGAUGAUACGUUACCGAUUUUUGCCAUAUCUCUAUACACUUUUUGCACGUGCUCAUAUGUACGGAGAGACUGUCGCCCGUCCAUUAUUUAUCGAAUUUCCCACAGAUCGUAAUACUUGGGCUGUUGAUACUCAAUUUUUAUGGGGACCUUCAUUUCUAAUCGUCCCAGUGCUCGAUGAAGCGAAAGAAGAAGUAGAUCCAUAUCUUCCAAAGGGAAUUUGGUACGACUUUUACAGUAAGUCGAUGAUCACUUCCAAAGGACAGAAUUUCACCUUCCAUGCCCCGGUUAAUACGAUACCUAUUUUUAUUCGCGGUGGUUCUAUUUUGCCAGCCCAAGUGCCGGGUAAGACGACAACUGAAAGUCGUAAAAAUAAUUUCGAAUUAUUAAUUGCACUCGAUGAAAAUGGGCAAGCCGCUGGAGAAUUAUUUUGGGAUGACGGUGACUCGAUAGAUACUAUCGAAAAAGGAGAAUAUGUUUUCUUAAAAUAUAAUUUGAAAAAUAGAACACUAGUAUCAGCGGCUUCAAAAAAUAAACUUAAGGAAGAAAUGACUUUAGGAAAAAUUCAAAUUAUGGGAGUAAAUAAAAAUGUUAAUAAAGUUAUGAUUAAUAAUAAACAAGUAAAGUAUACAUAUGACAAAAAACGAUCGUACUUGACAAUAAAACCAAUAAAUGUUAAUUUACAAGAAAGUUGGUCACUCGUGUGGAAUUAAUUUUUUCUACGAUUAUUGUUUUUAUAUAAAUAUAUUAAACAUUUUAUACGUGUUUAUAUUUUUUAAUGGUAGUUAUUACCAUAAUUAUGAUUGUGAUGACUUUAUAUAAUUUUAUACAAGCAUAUAAAUAUAUUUUAGAAUUUUUAUUCAA